AUGAGUGACAUGAGCAAAGAUGGUCCGAAGAACAUCGAUGGUGCCGAGGAGGCAAAAAAGAUGAUCAAGCGGUACCAAAUCCGAGCGCGAGCUCUGGACCAUGCAGUCGGGGAAAGGAAGAUCUCCUCUAUCCAGGCUGCAUUAGCGACAUGGGACUUCAGCCGUGACGACGUGCAUGCUGUCAAGGCACGCCAGGCUAUUGCCCGGCGCGACCAACAGAAGCAGAAGCUGCAGGCAGCUGUCCUUCGCAAAGACGGCCCACAUCUACAGCAGGUCACACAGGAGUGGGAGUUUGAUCGCAACGACGAGGUCACGGAUGCAAUCGAUCAAUGGGACUUCCAACAGGCCAUGGGCGCCCUACGCCGGUACGACAAGCUCGUGGAAGAUGUCGAGAGGCUCAUGGGACCGCCAAUGGACAUAGUUGCCCUGGCGCGACGCCGCCGAGAUUCUUCGGACAGCGCUCUUGCAAGACUCUUUGCCUGGACGAUUGCGGGACUUCUCCAUGCAGCCAGGAAUGUGCUGGACAAUUGGGAGUGGUCCAAAGAUGACCCAGUCCAUCUUGCCACCGAGAAGAAGAUUGCCGAGCAUGAAAAUGCUGCCCGGAACGCUCUGCAAGCCAAGGACGGUUGGAAGCUGCAGCGCAUCUGGCAGUUCAACGACGUCAAGAAAAAAGGAGCUGCCCCUUCGGUGCUACAACAGCAGAUGGCAGGCAUUAAGUGGAAAGCAACGGUGGCCAAGAACCGCUACAGAGAAGCGACACAAGCCCUGCGCGAAGCCAUCCGUGCAGCUGUGGAGGAAGCAGAGUUCAUGCGCACAGAGGCUUUGCAGGAGGUUCAGGUGCCAGGGGAUGAGGACGCCUUGCAAGCCCCACACGAGAAUGUGCUUAUGAGCUUGUCACGGUUCUCCACGACGGGACUCCCGCCCAAGGAGUAUGAGCUGCGAACGCUGGUGGAAAAUUGGCCAUUCAGUCUGGACGACCCCACACUGCAGAUGGCCUCUCACUGGGUGGCUUCCAGAGCUUUGCUGAAGACGUGCUCGCUCCGGUAUUUGGACAUCGCUCUCCACGGUGGACACACCGUCAGCAUCACGAAAGCGCUGGGCCGGGCAUCUGCUGUGGCUGCCAAAGCCUUGAAAAGAAAUUCACAGUUGCUAUGCUUUGCGUCGAUCAGAGAUCAGUUGCUAAAUUUUGAGAUUUACCAGUUGCUAAAGAAGUUGGAUUGGUCCCAGAUUGCGGCUUAUAUCUGUGCAGAGGUACCUCCUCGGAUCUAUCACAAGUUCAUCAAGCUGCCGACAAACAUUUUACGGGGCAAGGAGGAAGCUCUGAUGCGUGAGGCCACGAUGCAGGCCGUGGGCGCCAUGAGCCUCGGUGUAGAGCCAGACGACCUCAUGAUGGCCUCCGCGUUUGCCAAGGAGCUUGCAGACAAGGCCAAGCUGGUGCGCAUGGCCGUAUCCUGCAUCGAGGCUGGUCGCAUCCCUACCCUCCGGGCGGCAUCGAAGCCUCCGAGGGUGGUUCACGGCAUCAUGGAAACGAUCUGCCAUUGUGUCGCUGGCAUUCACCCAGUCGUGCGUGACCCGCCUCGGGACACUGGCUGGAGGACAUGCCAGCGAAUGAUGAACAAUCCGAAAGUCCUGAUUGAGAAUCUCACCUCACUUCCGGACUGGCUGGCAUCUGGCCGAGUCGAGCCGAUUGAAAGGGCAAGAGCUCAUUGGGCCAAGGUACAGGCAGAGGCCUCGCGCCCCCAAGACUGCACCGUGGAGGCAGUCCGUCGCCACAGCAUCUUGGCUGGACAGUUCCUGCUCUUCCUCGAGCAGACAUUCGGGUUCUUCGAGCUCCUCAGUAUGGCAAAUGUGGCUCCGGAGCAACGCAAAGGUGCACACGAAAUUGCAAAGGACGCGGAUGCUCAGAAGCUUUCCGACCUCCAGGCCAUUUUUGUCACACUCCGUGAAGAGGCACACAGUCACCCAGAGUUUGCCGGGCAGCCGCUCUGGUACUAUGUCCUCACUAAGGCCCAAGGCUCCCUUGCGAGUGAUAUGCUCUUCAGUGCGGCGGGUGCCGCGAGCAGUUCUGUUGCUUUUGAGCCCCCAGAUCCCAUCGUGACAGGAGGAAGUGGUGGAGGAAUGUUGCCGGCCGAGCUGUCGCAUGCAUGUGUCGAGCGAGCUCGACUACAAGUGAUGGAAGCCUUGGCUGUGACAUCUGUCUCGAAUGCGGUGCCUGUGCUGAGCAACGUCUGCCGCGGCCUGCGGCCUCCUCCGCGUGAGGCGCGCAUGGAAUGGGGAACAAUGGCGGAGAGGAGUUCCAAGGUCCGAUUCUCGGGGCGAAUCCUGCAAGUGGCCCUUGGUAUGAAUAAGGCUAGCUUUCACCGCGCCAACAAGAUGAACGAGGUCUCGCGAGCCUUCAACAAGCACAACCCGACUGUAGCAAGAGAGGUUGACGUGCUGAUCAUCAGGAUCACUGGCGAGGCAGGCACGGCUAGUGCUCUGCUCUGCACUGCCCCUUUCCAAAGCGACGAGAGCUUCGCCUUCUGUGGCUUGCAGUACCUUGUGUUCCUAAGCCUCAUAUACUUGGUCGAGGAUCUCCAAGAACGCCUUGCAGCCAGGUUCAUCGGCAAGUUCUCCUUUUUGAGAACAAAGAGAUUUCUGUCCGGGGCUCGAGAGCAUCGUGGCCAUGGGGAGCGGCAUAGCAUAGUUUUCGCAACUCGUCGCAGUGAUCUUUUCUGCUUCGCGAAUCUUCGCGAUGCGUCGCGCAUGAGGUCUGACGAGUUGGUCCACCGCAUUGAGGCGGCCAUGUUGAAGAUCGCGCAGUGCUCGCAGCUGGAUCUGGAGAUGCCAUCCCUCCUCGGCGGGCAGUUGGCAGAUCCAGCGAUCUGUCUGAUCUAUGGCACAAGCAUGUUCGACACCACGGUGGCACGGCCUGGGGGUGGUGAGCGACGUCAGGGCGGCCGGCGUGUGGCUAUUUCUGUCAGGAAAAACGAGACUGUGAAAGCAUGGGCCGCAGAUGGCCAUUCUUGGCGGGUUGUCACACCAGGAAAGGAUGUUUUGUGCAUCGCGCAGGCAUUGAGUCCACCAUCUCCGCGGAAGCAGUCUCUUCAGCUGACGAUGAUGGAUAUUCUUCGAACUGCGACAGAGCUCGUCCGCGGCCAUGCCUGGGGAGUGCCAAGAUCAGGCCAGCAUACGGUGCAGGUGGACACUCCGUGGCAGAUGCAAGUGGUGUGCGAGAUCUUGGAGUUGAGCACAAGUCUGCUCAAGAAGCCUCUUGUGCCACAGGCCAAUCUCAGCACAGCCCUUCGCAUGCUGCAAGAGUUAGAGGAGGCUGGGCUGCCGGCCAUGUACCAGCCCGACUUCAUUGCGCAUCGCCGACGAUCCGCUGCCAUGAUUCUAGGAGCUGCCCUUCACCAGAAGGGAGACCUCCGCCGAUUCGUGGACACGUCAAACCACAAUGAUGGUCCCAUCUUCGGACGCCGGGACACCUCCCGUGAACGUGAUGAAGGUCCUUCUUGGCGGCGGGAGAACGGGAUGCAGGACAAUUCGCCUCCUCCACCUGCGAGGGAGGCCGACUAUCAGCGCGGCCUGCAGGCUGUCAGCUCCUUCGUCAAAGCCAUACAGGACUUCUAUCAAGAAUUUGUGCCUUUGCGGGCUUAUGCGGCGGCAAACAUGUCCUUCUGCCUCCAGGCCGAGAAAGCCUACAAAGAGUCCAGCAAGGUACUUCGCGUGUCUCAAGGUCUUGAGGACAUGUGCGCGCUGCCGCCAAACUGCACAAAUGUGGAGGCUGUCCAGGAGGCAGCAAACACCGCCUGCAACCAGCUGCAGGAAAUGGCCGAGCAGGGCAUUCCAAUUGUUUAUCCCCACGUGGAGUACGUGCGAUGUGCGAUCGACAGUGCAGGGCUCGCUUUCCUGAACAGCCCUCCUGCUGCAGAGCCGGCGCAGCGUCUGCGGUGGGCUGAGGGGAUCAUGUCCGUCCAGCUUGCGCCGCUUCCCAGCUUCGACCAGACGUUGAAGCGCAUUGCGAGGUCCAUCGACGAGGAGCAGUUGGCGGAGCUGGCGGCCAACACGGAGCCCCCCGAGCACAUGCAGCGCGGUGCCUUGGGGACUGGCAUCGAGAGACUGUUUGCUGCUCUGGCCUGGGUCCUGGACCCGCAGUGCAACUGUGACCGGCGCUGGUCGCAAUCGCGACAGCUGCUCUUGGAUGCCGAAGGCCCCUGCUGA